AUGACUGGCAAGAGCGCGGGCGCAGGCUCCGAGAGGAACGCCAAGUCUAAAGGAGAUGCAGGGAAGGAUGCGCGCGCAAAGGACUCGCCUGCUGCGGCCAAGUCUGAAACUUCUGGCAUCGGCAGUAAUUCCAGUCCUAAGAAGCGUCGCAAGGUGAAUCACGCCUGUGUCUAUUGCCGCCGCUCGUUUCGAUUCGUGAAGGAACGGCCUUGCACCCGAUGUAUAAAGCGCAAUAUUGGGCAUCUGUGCCAUGACGAGCCUCGGGAACCCACAAAGCGACGCGACCAAGAUCAAUCCGCGGCGGAUGAGGAGGGCUCAUCCAAUAAUGAGCUCGUCAGCGUUCCAGGUAUGCCUCGGAAUGUCGACGUCUCGGAUGCUGCCGGUCAGCAAAUCCUCCCCGAUGGUACGAUCGGAAUCCCGCCUUCCUCGGUGCAGCCUGCAAACAUUCCCACAUCUGGCCAGGGCCUCGGUGGAAAUUCCCAGCCAAUGAUGCCGUACAAUGACUGGAUGGGUGGACAGAACCAGUUCCAAGAUAUGCACUCGCUUCAUCCGUCGUACAUGUUUAAUGCCCACGAAGUUACCAACGAGUACAACUUGCUUGGUGAUUUCCUUAACAACAGCUUGCUGGAUGAUGGAGCUAUGUUCCAAAAUCAAGACAUGCCGGGCGUUUACUCCGAUCCGUCGUUAAUGAACUCGAUGAACAACAACAUGAGCAUGCCCAAUGGCUUGCCACAAACCCAACUUCCUCCGCCAGCCCAUAGCCAAGCACCGCAGGGUGACUCAAUCCAGCGCCCAACAUCAACAGUCGGGAACGACAAAGCGCGCGAGACAUACUACAUGACUGCCGCAGAUCCGUCAGGGUCCGACCCGCCAGAGGAACGCAUGAACAAACUUCUCAAGGCCAAGUACGACGCUGGACUAUUGAAGCCUUUUAACUAUGUCAAGGGCUACGCCAGGCUCAACCAGUACAUGGAAAAGAAUAUGCAACAGCUGUCCCGGCAAAAGAUUCUUCGGCAGCUGGAUAAAUUCCGGCCCAAGUUCCGAGAGCGCAUGCAGAGUCUGACCGACAUCGAGCUGAUUCUCGUGGAGAUGUGGUUCGAACGUAGCUUGAUGGAGUACGACCGCGUCUUCGCUAGUAUGGCGAUUCCCGCUUGCUGCUGGCGCCGAACAGGAGAGAUCUUCCGAGGCAACAACGAGAUGGCGCAGCUGAUUGACGUUCCAAUUGAGAGCCUUCGCGAUGGCAAACUUGCCAUCCACGAAAUUAUUGUCGAGGACCAGCUGGUUAGUUACUGGGAGAAGUUCGGUGCAAUUGCCUUCGACAAUACCCAGAAAGCAAUGCUCACCAGCUGCACGCUGAAGAGUCCCAACCCUAAUGCGGCAAGCGAGGGGAUUCAGUGCUGCUUCUCCUUCACGAUUCGACGCGAUAAUCACAACAUUCCAUCUCUCAUUGUUGGUAAUUUCCUCCCGACGCAACGGAUACACAAGUAGCUUUGGCGUUUGGAUGAUUGGAAUCAGGUGGACUUCAAAAUGUCGGC